UCUGAACUGUAGCCAUAGGAGCCAGUCGAACAAUCACAUAUUCUUAUACAACCACGAAGAUUACACAAAACACCAACCACGAACAAGAAGACAUUAGACCCUACCACUACGACCACCAACCAUAACGAUCACUACCAACACGAACACCAGCAACAUCAGGAUGUCCGUCCAGGAGAUAUCGUCCAAAGGUCAAUUCGACCAAGAGAUCGAGCAGGCAUCGGGCGUGGCGGUGGUGAAAGCAUACGCACCAUUUGAGCAGGCUUCGGUCGACCUGCCUGGGUUUGACGAGACGAGCGAGGAUCCCGCGUUCAGCGAGGUCAAGUUCUUCAAGCUGGAUAUCGAAACCGUUCCGGAUGUGACGCAGCAGCUGCAGCCGAGCACCCUGCCGACAGUUUACAUCUUCAAGGCGGGUGUCCAGGUUGCGGACUUUCCCGGGCAGAUUCCCGGGGAGGUGCUGAGAGAGAUGGUGAAUAUGCAUUUGUGAAGUGAGUGUGGGUAGGGUGAUGAGAUGAAAUGGCGCUGCCGGGAGGUGGUAGUCGUGGACGUGGAUACAAUUUGAUGCAUCGAACCUACAUGAAUUGGAAAGCUACAUCGUUUGCGUGCCCGUGAUGGUCUGCUUUGAUUGUAAGAUGCGAUGAGAUGUGAUGAGAUAAGAUAAGUCUUGAUGGCUCGUGCUUCACUUACGUAACCACUCAACCCCGGCCGGAAAUCCUCACUACAAUCGGUUCAUCGUUCGGCCGAACCACGAUAUGUUCUCAUCUCACCAGCAUGCUCUACGUUAUAGCUUCUAUAAAUGGUACUCUGUAAUAAUAAAAUCGAAAAGACGGAUCGUACGCGUGC